ACACUAUUUCUACACCAGAGCACCUUUCUCAAUGUUUCUAUUUCCACAAUAACUUUAAUCAUUAUUCAAACUUUCCCAAUUGUUUAUUGAAUAAUUUAAAAUUGAACUCAUAUACAACGAGUCAAAUCUAUUGUAAUGAUAGUGGUUAUAAAAGUAUUGAUAGUUUGAAUAGAGUGAAUCAGUCUAAACAAAAAAUUUCCAAAUUAAAAUUCUCAAUCGAUUCUAUUUUAUCACAUACACCAUCAAUGUCAUCAUCAUCGCCAUCGCCAUCAUCAUCAUCACCAUCAUCAUCAUCGUUGCCAUUAAUCAAUAAUUCUAAUAUAAGUAGUAUAUUUUUUAAAAAUAAUGAAAAUUCUACACCAUUAAUUAAAACAAAUAGAAUAAUUGAAUGUUUUAAUCAAUAUAAUCAACAGAAUAAUCAUCAAUUGAAUAUGAUUGAAAAUCAAUAUUUUCUUGAUCAUGAACAAUUAUAUCCAAUGGAUUUAUCCAUUGGGUAUAAUUGUAAAUCAUCAUUAAUGAUGAAACAAUCAAUAAAAAAUGUGAUAAAAACAACUGAUGAACAAUAUAAUUGUCGAUAUUGUGGAAAAUCAUAUUCACUGAAGUCGUCAAUAAGAUUACAUGAAGCAACGCAUACAUUGCCAUUUCAUUGUCAAGAUUGUGGUAAACGUUUUUCACGUCCAUGGCUUCGUGAUAUACAUUAUAGAACGCAUACAGGUGAAAAACCAUAUGAAUGUAUUAUAUGUGGCCGACGUUUUGCUGAUCGUUCAAAUAUGCGCGCACAUCAACGUGUUCAUAAAGAACGAGAAUAA